CGGCUCUGCUCCAAGCUAGAGUAAGUAUUUUUUUAUUUUUUUUACAUAUAUAUAUGAAUAUACACCAAUCAGAACACCUCCAUCAUCGAUCAAAAUCAUCACCAAACCUGCCAUAUAACCCCAGCCUUCAAUUCCUCAGCCCCGUCGCACUAUAUUCCCAGCCGCGCGAUCGCCGUUCCUUGCGCCUGCCGAGACGGAGCAGCAAACCCCCAUCUCCCCGCGACAAGCAGCGGCCGUGUACAACAGCAGCAAGUCCCGUCCACGUCCAGCAAGCCUCCAUCGACGAGUUGGUGUGCCGGACGUUCCCCAUUUUCAACUGCGUGAGAGAUAGCAGCGGCAAGCCGAGCCCGAGUUCAACGUCCGAGGCCCGAAAAUCCGAACUCCUUCAACCUUUUUUGUAGAUUCCCGAGGGAGGCUGAUUGGUGACAAGGGACGCUUUCAUAUUUGACUGUAGUAGUUCAAGGCCUCAGUUAUAAUUCCAAAACAGCUUGUUAAAAUUGACAAUGGCGGGCACGUCAUCAGCGUCAACUUCACUGAAAGAGUAUCUCAAGAAGUACACAACUGACGAAGAUACGGAGAAAAAAAAUAAAAAAAAGCAAAAGGCUAAACCGGGUGCGGCAACCAGAGUUCUUGUUGUGGAUGAAGAUCCCAUUUGGCAAAAGCCUAUCAAACCCGACGAUGAAGAAAAAGACUCGGCAGAUGAAGAGAUGCCUCAAGUUGAUGAGGACAUCGAAGUCAAGCGUAUGAGGAGACUGGAGCAGAUCAGGUCCAAACGCCCUGUUGGUGUCCUUUCUGAGGAUGGAAGUGGCUGGGUUUCGAUAUCUACUAUCCCCAGUACUGUUAAAUCCGAAGACCAAAAUGCUGAUAUUUCCCCACCUCGCAAAAGGAGGCUUAGGAAUGAUACUCCAUCACCCAGGCCUGGACAAAAAGCAGGCCACAUGUCAGCAGGUUCUGAUUCAUCUCCACCACGAAAGUCAAGCAGGCGUUACAGGAGCCCUUCACCACAUGUAGAACCAAAGGUGGUGGAUUCAGAUAUUUCUCCUCUUCGACGUGCUCGUCCUGACUCAUCUGAUCUUUCACCUCCGAGGAAGUUGAAGAAUGAGAGGUCGAGUUCAAUUGUCCGUGCAAAGAAGCCAGUUCACGAUGCUGUGCCUCCGGUUUUGGACCUUUCUCCUCUGAGAAGGCGGAAAGAAUCACCCACAUCUUCACAUCAUCCCAGAACUGGUUUAGUUUCGGGUAGAGAUAUCAAAGAUGAAAUUGAUAAAACGAAAAAGGAUGAUUGGUUGAGGUUUAGUGCUUUAGAUCCUUCAGUAAGUGGUCGUGAUGCCAAACCUGUAUACCGCGACAAAAAAACUGGGAAACGCAUGUCAAAGGAAGAGUUUCUCGAGUCCCACAAAAAGGAGUUGAAGAAAGAUGAGAAGCCCAAGGAAAUACACCUGGAAUGGGGCAAGGGCUUGGCGCAAAAACGGGAAGCUGAAGCUAGAUUGGAAGAAAUGGCUGAUGAGAAGAAUAAACCAUUUGCUAGGAGCAGGGAUGACCCAGAUCUGGACUCAAUGCUGAAAGAAAGAGUUAGAUGGGGCGAUCCCAUGGCUCAUUUAGUCAAGAAAAAGCAUGUGGAGCCUAUCGUGCGGGAUCUAGGGGAUGGAGAGAAGAUGAAAGAUAGCGGUUUCAUAAUUCCACAGGAGAUUCCUAGCCACAGCUGGUUAAAAAGAGUAAUUGAUGCUGCACCCAACCGAUAUGGAAUAAAACCGGGCAGGCACUGGGAUGGUGUCGACCGAAGCAAUGGGUAUGAGAAGGAGAUGUUUAAGAGGAUGAAUGAGAAGAGAGCAACUGAGAGAGAGGCUUAUCUCUGGUCUGUUUCGGACAUGUUUCGCUGCCAUAACCACAACCACGUCCACCGCCGUAGCCACCCUCCGGCGUCCUCCAUACCCACCACCACCGUUUCCACCGCCUUACCCAACCUCCGCCGUUUCCUCCCUCCAUACCCAACUGCUGCAAUUAAAAUAGAAAUUGUACAUAUUCCUGACUCACCUGGAUAUUGGCGGAAUAGCUCCAUUAUAGUUCACCACAAGGCACAUAAGUUGCUAAACAGUUGCACUACCGAGCACCUCGAAAGCCGUAGUGAAAUGGACCCUAUCGUCACUUCACUGCGGAGCAGUUUCCGGUGGGUCUCUCCGGCGGCUAUCCCUCCAAUGUUGGACUGUAUACUGCUUUCCACCGCCACAUCUCCAGCCUCACUGUUCUCCGAUCUUCUCAAACAAUUUCCCAGUCUCACCAAGGAUCUUGUGCACGAAAGAGGAAAACUGGGGACUGAGUGGGAUGACUAUGUUGCAGCCUAUGUGGCUGCCCUUUGCUACUUACUAAAGAAGUUUGGUGCGAAUCACAUCAAUAUGUUUGUCUGGAAAAUAUGGAUUCCUUUGUUGAAGUUUGUGCAUACAGAUGAUCGGGAACUAUUUAACAAGGUUGCCCGUUUAUUCCUUGAUUUUGUGACCGAAACAGACAAGUGGCAGGUUCUUGAAGCAACAUUAGUGCCUCUACUGUUGCGAUCAAUAGGCCUAUCGAUGGAAAUUUUGGAGCAUCGAUCGUAUGCGAUCAGAUUUCUUCUUCCAGUUAUAUUUAAAGCAUUGGCACAGAGCUAUAGCUUUAAGGUGACAGUUUCUGGGGCGCCUCAUCUAUUAACAAGGAAUGUUUUUUUCAUGAAAUUGUGGAAGUUUUGUAAGUUGCUAUUUUCCAUGGGGUCUGUGGAGAGAACCGAUGCUUAUAAUGUUCUUUCUCUUUAUUUAUGCUUUUCGGCACCAACUAAUGAACCUGAAGAUGUAAAUAAUGGUGGAAGAGUAGAAACAUUUGAUUUAAGAGCUGAUCACGAAUUUUGGGACGAAAUUAAGAGAGGCUUGGUUGAUGAAGAGAGCUUAAUCAGGAAGCAGUCACUGCAUAUAUUGAAAAAAACUUUAAACUUGAGCAAUGAUAGGAAAUCAAACUCUUGUGUGUUGGAGGAAGUAGCAGAAAAGAAAGAUUCAGACUCUCGCAUGAUUAGCAAAAGGAGAAGAUGGGCAGACAAAGAAGCCCGGUCGUUAGGUGUUGGACAAAUAUGCCAAGACCAUGAUUCAAGUUUCACUGGCUGGUACAGGUGGGAGGCAUUUGUUUUUCUAUAUGAAAUUCUUGAAGAGUAUGGUUCCCAUUUGGUUGAGGCAGCUUGGAGUCACCAGAUUAUGCUUUGGCUUCGGUCUCUCAAGAACUCUGUGAUCUCUAAUAAUGAAGAGCUCUAUCAUAACCGGAUGGCAACUGCCGAGCAAACUUUUGAAUGGUUAACAAUCUUAUGGCAACGUGGCUUUUGCCAUGAUAAUCCUCAAGUAAGGUGCCAUAUCAUGCAAUCAUUUUUGGCAUUUGAGUGGGAGCACUGUGAAGGCUGUGUAAAAUUUGUGCCAAAAGAUUUCAUACUUGGUCCCCUCAUACUAGGAUUAAAUGAUCCUGUGCACCACAAAGAAUUUGGUGUGAAAGAAGUGUACUCUUCGAAAGCUAUUGGGGCUGCAGCUGCAUUUAUGUGCCAAUAUGUCAGCUACAUGGAUAGGAGGCAGCAUAUUGCCUUCGUGAUUGAUUUGGCUGCUCUUUCCAAAAUGCAUUCGUUUGGACGAGCUGGGCUGAUGUGCCUUGUGGAGUGCAUUUCUUCUGCUGGUUGUGGAGCCCUAAAGCAUAAUAAUAACGGCAUUAAGCAUAUUAUGGAUGUUGACACUACUGGAGUUGUGGUUGAACCUGUGGUAAACUAUUGUCAAGUUCAAAGAACCGACUUAUUGGACGUUCUACGUUUUGUGAUCGAGUGCAGUAAACAACAUUUUAACCCUAAAUAUCGUCACCAAGUUAUCAAAAAGAUUAUGUCUGCAGCGACCUUUAUGAUGAGUGGAGCUGACAUUCCUCUGAAUAUCAUUUUGCACUUCAUUUGUACUCUGCCUCGCGAACACACUGAUCCUGGCGGUUCACUGAGAUGUGUAGUUCAGAAGUGGCUCCGCAGUCCCAAUCUUGAGAUUAUGAAUGCUAUAAAUGGAUUUCCGAGGAAUUUUAUCAGUUAUCCGAAUCCAGUAGAUUCUCUUUUUACAUUGGACGAUGAAGAACUAGAUGCAUGGGUAUCAGAAGCAAAACGUUGGUCUCGAGUUCUUUUUCUUGUGGUUGAAGGCAGGGAGCACUUUAGCUCAAUCCUUAAGUUCAUUGAGGAUCAUGGUGCUGAUGUCUGCAAGGAGAAGAGUUCUUUACAGAGGGUGGGAGUGAAAUUUCUCAUUCUUGUUUGCAGCUUGGUUGAGGAACUUCAAGUUAUCCGUGAGAGAGCAGCUAUAUUUCAUGUGUCACGAAGAAUGAAUAGAGACUUUGUUCCUGAUGAAGUUGUCAAUUUAAGUGUUACUGAAGAGUCAGUCAUUAUCGACAAUUUCGUGACAGUAUUAUUCUCAUUUCUGGAAAAACUAAUGUCAUUUGCCGAAUUAUCGUGCUCUGUCUUUUGGUGUGGUGUGGUGGCAGAAGAUAUGACUCUUCCAGGUUCCAUAAGAGGAAAACUAGGAGGUCCAAGUCAACGCCGCUUGCCAUCUUCUCUUUGCACUUCUGUUCUGGAAGCUAUAACAACUAUAAGGACUCUUGGAUCUGUGCUGAGAUGGAUUGCGCAGUUUCGGAGAGAUGGUCUAACUAACUCUGCUCAGACAUUCCUCUGGAACUUCUGCUGGAAGAUUAUUACAACUCCAGUCCCUAAAUCAGAGGGUGGCGCAGAAAUAUCUGUAGCUGCUUAUGAAGCAUGUGCAUAUGCUUUGAAGGAUUUAGUGUGUUUAUUCUCUUCUUUGUCAUUGGAUCUUGACUCAAACAAUGAUGAGUCAUUUUCAUUAGAAGCAGAAUUCCAAGAUUUGGAUGUCUUUGUAAGUACAUUUCUUCAUAACAUUAACAAUGUUAUUGAUGCGGGAAGUUUGACACGGUCACGAAGGGCAGUGUUGAUGAGUUGGAAGUGGACCUGCCUGGAACUUCUGCUGUCGCUACACAAGUAUGCACUGUGCAAUAGAGUUGAUCUGCGCAUAUGUAAGCUGUACUUAUCUGACACAACAGCAGAGCAAAUUUUUGGUGAUCUUGUUGGAAGGUUUUCUUGUGUUCUUUCAGUAGAUCUCAUACCACCAUCAUCAUCAUCAUCAUCAUCUCUAUGCUUUUGCAGCCUUGAAAAUGCUGGGGAAGAAUCUGUCUUGUCCAUGCUUAGAUCAGUCAGAUAUAACAUGGAGCUGUUUCAGUUAAAAGGAAUGGAUCAAUCGAUUUCCUCUUGUGGUGGGAUAACACUUGAGGAUGAAUGUGAGGGUUUUCGUGGAAAUAGGGAAGUUAAAAUGGGGAUUAAUUUUGCAAUUAUUUUAAACUGCAACAGCUGCAACAAAAGGAGGGUGGCUUCUAUAGCGGCACUUCUGUCCUCUGUCUUGCAUUAUUCAGUGUUUGGGAAUGAACUCAUGCAUGAGGUUGAUAAUGCUCCUGGACCUUUAAAGUGGUUUGUUGGUAAAAUUCUUGAAGAAGGCACAAAAAGUCCACGCACCAUUCGUCUUGCCGCAUUGCAUUUAUGUGGACUUUGGUUGGCAUAUCCAACUACAAUAAAAUACUAUAUUAAUGAGUUAAAGCUGUUGACAUUUUAUGGUUCUGUUGCUUUUGAUGAAGACUUUGAAGCUGAACUGUCUGAAAAUCUAGAUGCAAGAACUGAGGUAUCUGUACUGUCAAGAAGCUUAGAUCCUGAGUUAACCGAUCUUGCGGACAUGGCGUACUUGGAGAAAUCUGCUAGGAAUGAAGAUAACUUGGCUGUUAUUGCAUCUGGGAAACUUUUUAUGCUAGAACUUCUUAAUUUUGUGGUUCAUGACAAAGAUCUGUCCAAGGAAUUGUAUAAAAAGAAUAGCGCGAUUCAUAGGCGGAAAGUACGUGCAUGGCAAAUGAUAUGUGUGCUUUCACGAUUUAUUGAUGGAGGCAUCAUUGAGCAAGUAACAUCCAUCCUGCAUGCAUCUCUUUACCGGAACAACUAUCCUUCAGUUCGUCAAUACUUGGAAAUUUUUGCUAUAUGCAUAUAUUUGAAAUUCCCGUCACUGGUUGGUCAACAAUUGGUUUCUCAUCUAAGGAAUAAUGAUAUGAAGCCACAGUUAUUGGUGUAUAGAGUUCUUGAAAAGUUGUUGCCUGAUUCAAAUUCUGAUGCUCAUGCUAGCAUAUCUUUGGAGCGGAGGUGCUUUGUGGAUUUGAAACACUACUUGACACAUAACCCAGACUGUGCAAAGUUAAGAUCUUCCAUGAGUGGUUAUCUUGAUGCUUUCGAUCCACUAAAGUCAGCAUCACCUGUUGGAAUAUUUAGUAAUAAGGUCAAGGAGCUUGAAUUUGAGUGCGUUCCAACCACAUUCAUGGAGCGGGUUAUUGAUUUUCUAAAUGACACAAGGGAGAAUCUUCGAAGUUCGAUUGCUAGAGAUGCAGCUGUGCUCGAGAAUGAAAGCAUUCAAGUCGAUGGUGGUCUUAAGUGUAGUGAAAUAUUGAACUCGGAUGAACAUGCAUAUAUCCAACAUGAAAAGCAAUUUUUAUACGAUUUUCAAAGAAAAAUUAAUUUCUCUAAGAAUGAGAUGCAGGACUCGAACGUAGCAGUUUCCACAGACACGAAAACAUCAUACGGUUCACUUUUGGAUAACAUGGAAAAUGAAGAUCAACUUCUUGAUCGGAUGCUGCAUACCAGGGGAACGGUUGUUGAGAAGUUAAAGUCAGACAGACAAGAAAUAGUUCUGCUAGCAUCACUGGUUGAUCGAAUACCUAAUCUAGCUGGGUUGGCACGUACAUGCGAGAUAUUUAGAGCAGCUGGACUCGCUAUUGCGGACAAAAAUACAAUAAAUGACAAGCAAUUCCAACUUAUCAGUAUAACAGCAGAGAAGUGGGUUCCUAUCUUGGAAGUCCCCGUGGUGAGUAUGAAAACAUUCUUGGAGAAGAAGAAGCAAGCAGGUUAUGCUCUGCUAGGUCUGGAGCAAACUGCAAAUAGUUUCCCACUGCACCAAUACAAGUUUCCUAGGAAAUCGGUAUUAGUUCUUGGCCAUGAGAAGGGAGGUAUUCCUGUGGAGAUAAUCCACAUGUUGGAUGCGUGUAUCGAAAUUCCUCAGUUGGGAAUCGUUCGGUCUCUAAAUGUUCACGUCAGUGCUUCUAUUGCACUGUGGGAGUACACGAGGCAGCAAAGGCUUGGACAAAAUUCUUCCUGAGUUUUUUUGGUCGACCAUUCGUGGAAGUUAAUGAAAGCGGGGGCCCUUGUUGAAGAAUAUACGUAGCUGGUGCUGGUAACUCGAUAUUUUUUGCAAACCUACUUAUGCUGCAAUAUAACCAGAUCUUUGUUUUCUUCUGGGCUUUAGUGGGAAAAAAACUUGUGCACAUUUUGAUUUGAUAGUUUCACCAGACUUUAGGAAGAAUGUCUGUGAGGUGAAAUGUACUGUUCUGUCAUCAACAGAAUCAGCCAAUAAUAGUUAUUUUUUGACGUAA